GGGAAAAUAUUGUAACCUCCAGAUGUUCCUAACAGAAGAAGGAAAACUCUAACCAUUCACAAACACUUCUUGUCAGAAUGCAAUUCCUACAGAUACUGUCCAGGAAACCAGGGAAACUGGAAAUGCUUUUUCAAAUACCAUUUUGUCAAAAGCAAUUCCCAUAUUCAUGUCUGGCUACUUCUGCAUGUAUUUAUAGUAAAAAGAAAAAAGCAAACAGUUAUGAACAAGUUGACCAAGAAAAGUACAAAAACUUGGUCUACUCUGUUACAUCUUACAAAACCAGCGCCCAAACACCAGAGACAAUAUUUGAAGAAGACAAUUUGUUAUAUGGGCCACCAGAUAAACACAGACCUCCAGCUAAAGCUGGGACAAAGACUCCCAAGAACUGGGUUCCUUUAAUAAACCCUGACAAGAGAAUUUCCCCUCUCAACAGUGAUUCAAACCUCCCCAGGAAAAUCAUGUUACAAAAAAUGAAAAUGCCCAGUGUUACCCAUAUUCUUCAACAAACUCUCUCUCCACAGCAAGUCUUUUAUCUAGAAAGAUGGAAGCAGAAAAUGAUAGUGGAACUUGGAAAAGAUGGUUUUGAAAAGUAUACCAAAAAGCUUUUCCUCCAAGGAGAGCUCUUUCAUUCAGCUUUGGAAUCUAUAUUCCUGUCUGAAGAGAUGGCAGUUAAGGAGAAGAGCGAAGAUGGUGUUAUUUCUGGUUACUUAUCAAGUGUGGAACAUGUCUUAGAAGAUAUCAGCGAAGUGAAAGCUCUGGAAAGUGGAGUUCAUCACGAGACCCUUCAGUAUCUGGGCCUGGUAGACUGCGUGGCGAAGUAUCGAGGCCAAUUAUGUGUGAUUGACUGGAAAACUUCAGAGAAACCAAAGCCAUUUCUGAAGAAUACUUAUGACAACCCAUUACAGGUUGCAGCAUAUAUUGGAGCCAUAAAUCAUGAUGCCAACUAUGACUUCCAGGUUCGCUGUGGACUCAUCGUGGUUGCCUAUAAGAAUGGCUCCCCUGCGCAUCCACAUUUCAUGGAUCCUGAUCUGUGCUCGCAGUACUGGAAUAAGUGGCUUUUGCGCCUUGAAGAGUACAUGGACAGAAACUGAGAAGAAACGAAGAAGCAGCAAGUGGUCUGAGCACAGAGACAAAACAAGACUUGUUUAUGUAUACCACUUUUAUUCUUUUUUUAAUAACUUUGGCUAAUUUCUUACCAUCAGGGGUAUUUUUUCCACCGUAAAGAAAGCCAAAAACCAAAAAAAAUCCACAUGUGAAUUUUGAAUGGAGAAUAUGUAUUUGCUUAUGUUCUAGGUGACUUCAAUGGUCCAUGCAGGACAAAGUCAACUUAUUUAGCCUGUGUUUCCCCCCCUCCCCCCCCUCCCAGUUUAUACAACCUAAGGUUUAUAGAAAAGUUUUUAUUAUCAAGUAAAACUGUUCAAUGAA